AUGUCUAGUCAGCACGAAGGAGAAAAAGCUGAGGAAACCGUGAAUCCACAAGAUUUUCCAGGCAUGGUAGUAGAACAGUAUCGAAAAAUCAAAGAGCACGCAGAAACGUAUCCAUUUGUGUGGGGAUCUUAUAUUUUAGUGUAUGGUGGUCUUGGCUUGUGGACUGCUUACAGGUGGAGAAAACUUCGAAAGACGGAGGACAGAGUACGAGCUCUUCAAGAAAGACUAAGGAAAGUAGUGGAGUCGCAAGAAUCCGCUGCUUCAACAACUCAAAAAGUUCCUCCUUCAUUUGAUAAAACCCAGUCCCUUAAAUAG